AUGCAGCCCGAAGUCGACGCCACUCGCAGUGGGCACCAGAAGUAUUCAAAAAUAUCACCAUAUGGAUACACGCCCGACGCAUGGCUGGGCUACCUUUUUCUCGUCGUGUUCGGCAUAUCGACGCUGGUCCACCUUAUUCAGCUCAGCAAGUAUCGCCUGUGGUGGCUAAUACCGACCGCCUGCGCUGCCGGGAUCCUCGAGCUCAUCGGGUGGGCUGCGCGACUGUGGUCGAGCUACAACGUUCUCUUGAAUAAUCCCUAUACGAUACAGCUCGUGUGCACAAUAUUAGCGCCUACGCCGCUUGUCGCCGCCAGUUUCGUGAUACUAGGCCAGUGCAUUCGCCGUCUAGGAGGACAAUAUAGUCGGCUCAGUGCCAAGUGGUAUACCAUCGUAUUCUGCAGUUGUGACGUCAUCUCGCUCGUUAUCCAAGCUCUUGGAGGAGCAAGUGCCGCCUCCGCCGUAAAUACGGGGAAGAGUCCCAAACCUGGAGGCGACGUUAUGUUGGCCGGCAUCAUAUUCCAGCUCAUAUCGAUCACGUUCUACAUGCUUCUAGCGUCCGAGUUUGUUCUUCGAUACCUGUACAACAGGCCGAUCCAAGGUCGCCCAGCAGUGGAGACAGGCUACACCGCUGACCGGCAUACAAAGCAAAUGCUCUGUGCGCUAGCCUUCAGCAGUCUCUGCAUAUAUGUUCGAUCAUGGUACCGAACAAUCGAACUCGCCAAUGGCUUCGAGGGAUACAUCAUCCACACACAAAGAUACUUUGUGAUUAUGGACGCUCUGAUGAUCUCCUUUGCGAUGGUGGACCUCAACCUCCUGCAUCCCGGCAGGCUACUCGGGCCUGCACAUACCUGGAAGGGUGAAUUCCCCAUGACCGAAGUUGAGGGCAAAGUAGUGGAUUGA